AUGGGUCGUCUUCACGCGCCAGGGUAAGCUAAAACCGAGUGAUAACAAAAGAGGAAUAGUUGCAGCAAAACUACGACUUAUUAAAAACCAUAUUGUGGCAACUGUAGAGGCGUUCGGUUUCCUUGAAUGUUUUGCAAGAAGUGUUGUUAAACUCGUGGUUUUGCGAUCUAAUUUAGUGAUUAAUUUUCCUGUUUCUGCUAAAGGAAAGGUAUAUCUGGUUCAGCAUUGCCAUACCGCAGAAGUGUUCCAACGGUAAGAAAUUUAAAUUUCGCGGAUUAAUUUAAGCUUUGAAGGUAUCAAACAUUCACAUUAUUAGCAUUGAUACCAUUUAAAAAUAAUGUGAAUGUUACGUUCGUGUGUUAUUUGUCGGAUUGGUUCGUAUUUUGGCCCUGACGAGAGUUUAUCUUAGCCCCAAAACCACAUAUUUCUCCUCAUCAUUUCUAAUGGACCUGUUUCUCCAUAGUAUUUUUAACCUUACCACAUUUUCAAGUUAGGCGCAGUUCAGACGUCGUAUUUUUCAUGUGCCGUACCUAAUCCCUUCAAUUAAGUACAUGAAGAAACCGAUGUUUGAAUCAAUUUAGUCCAACAUGUCUAAUUUGGGUCGAUCCAUCCAUGAAUGAAGAUCGAGUGGCACACAUGGGAAUUUCGACUGUGGAGCAACUUCGUUUCAAACAUCGGACUUCUCAUAUGCCGAACCUAAUGCACAAAUUACUGCAACUUAUUUUCUGUUGUAAGCAUGUUAGACCAUUAAACAUUGUCAUAAUGAAUUAGAAAUCAACCAUUGAACUUGCAUCAUUUGGGUCAACCUAAAGAGGUAUUAAGUUCAGUACAUGAAAAGAUCAAUGGUUGAAUUGGGCCUGUAUUUGGCUUGGGAUAUUGUACACUUUGGGAGCAACUACAGAAUACAGGGCCAUGUUUUUAAGGUCUUAAACAGAAGUGGCUCGGUGGCUCGCUAGUCACGACAAGUGUUUAAAGAACGAGAAAGAUAUAAGACAUAUAAGUAUAAGACAGACAUAGAAGGCAUGUACUUUAGUAUGUAUUAUAGCAGAUUAUAGGUAUAUAUUUUAGUGGCUCGGCGGCUCGGUGGCUCUUCAGUCGAGGUUAUAUAGUUUAGUGGCUCGACAGCUCAGUGGCUCGUUAGUUGGGAGUACCGAGCCACCCCAACGAAUAUACCUGGAAAAUUUGCCCUGUAUUCUGUACUUAAGCCACACUUUGGUUAGCAUGUACAGCAUCCCUGACAGAGCGUGCAUAAUGCUGGUGGUAUUAUGAUCUAUGACAUCAUUGUUUUCAAAAACCUCCAUUUUUAUCUGUCCACACAUAAAGGAUAAGCAGGCAUUUUCAAAAAUCUCCACUCUGGGGACUGUGUUUGAAAAACCUACGUUUUUAGUGCCCGAAAAGGUUGUUUACAAGGGAAUGGAAGGCUGAAGCAGGGCGAAAUAAUUUGUCUUAAAAAAUAUCCAGAAAUGUGUGGACAAGGCCUUAAAAUCUCACAUUGUCUUAUUGUUACUUUGUGCUGUUUGUGUACUAGUGGUUGAAGUUGACAUCAGAUGAUGUUAAGGAACAAAUAUACAAGCUAGCCAAAAAAGGCUUGACACCUUCUCAAAUAGGUUAGUAUAGAGCUGGGUUUGAAGGAAGCACCUGGAAAUUUGCCAAAUGCAAGUGUAAAUCUCUCUGGGAAAACUGUAAUCUUUUAUCAUAAGAGCACAUUACCUGAGUGACUUGCCUGAUGGCCAGGGUUUUGGAAAUGGUGAAUAAAGCAGACUUCUAGGGCCCAAUACAACAGCUGGUAAAUGGACAAUGUCCAGCCAAAAUGUUGAUUUGACUGGCUAAAAAAUUUACUCAUCUGUCAUGUUGACCACUCAAAGCUCACAGUAGUCAGCAACUUAAAUCUUAACAAAACAAUUUUUGACCCCGCUAGAUGUGGUAGAUGCUAUGUAGGAAACUUUACUCUGGGUCCUGGUUGGGCAGAUGUUACUUUGGCAGUCAACACAGUCAUCUUGUUAAGAACCAUCUUUGAGCUUCCAUUAAUAUUUAGCAAAUCAAGAUGACUAUCCUUUCAUUGAGCGACUUUUUGAAGGGUGUAGCUAUGACUAGAACAAGUAAAUGAUAGUUUGGAGAUUACGGGCUGUUAUUGGUGCGGCACAUCAGAGGAAAACCCUCUGAGGAAAAUGAAAUCCUCGUUCCUUGCUCAGUAUUUUUUAAAAAUAUUUUUGCUCAAAUAGGUGUGAUUUUGCGUGACUCGCAUGGUGUUGCGCAAGUGCGCUACAUUACAGGAAACAAGAUCCUCAGAAUCCUUAAGGCAAAAGGUAAUUUUUACAGAGUGUCCUGGAUACUUUUUUCUGUCUCCUCGUUCUGGUGAUGAAAUUAUGAAAACUGAUUGUGCAACACUUUAUUUUUUUAUCAGGGCUUGCGGGAAGCCUUCCUGAAGAUCUUUACUUCCUGAUCAAAAAAGCAGUUGCUGUUCGUAAACAUCUUGAAAAGCAUAGGAAGGUGUGUGUUAUAAUUAAUUUUGACAUUAACCCAUUCGCCCCCGAACUGCCCGUGCAGAUCCACUGCCAUACGAUGAAAAGCUUGUUCCACUAGGCCACAAAGAUUGAAGUGCACAACCUGCAAACAACAUUUUGGUUUAAUAGCCGGACAGUGACCAGAAAACAGUUUGACUAGCUUCAAAACAUGUUUUUUUGGAAAAGUUCUUAGGGGCAAGCGAGUUAAUGGACUUAGAUGAGAAUCUUUUUAACUUGUGACGCAGGGCUGUCAUUAAGAGCCGGGGGCCGGGGACUUCCCCUGGCUACUAUGAGUGUGGCUCCCGGCUACUUUUAUUGCAAAAUAGAAGAAAAUUAGAACCAAAAGAAACCCCCAAGUGUUCAAUUCCCCGCCUACUUGUUGUAUUUACCCGGCAACUCGAAAUCUUAGCGACAACCCUGUAUGACGUUGUUUCUUAUGAAGCAUGUUCAAAAAUUAUUGAAACUAUAUGUAUUUGCUGUUUAGGACAAGGAUUCCAAGUUCAGGCUUAUUCUCAUUGAAAGCAGGAUUCAUCGUUUGGCGCGUUACUACAAGACCAAGAGAGUUUUGCCUCCAAACUGGAAAUAGUAAGAACUACUCCUUGUUAUGGUGUAACAUAAGUUUCAGAAGAAUGCAAUCCUGGAGUGUCAAAAACGCCUCUGAUUUUACUGAAAUUCUCCAAAAUCCCAGAGAAAUAGAAAAUGAACAGUUUGUUACAAAUUGUCUAAGUCAAUAAAACUGUAACUUCUCACACAUUGAAAUGUGAUUGUAAUACAGUUGGUGAUCAGGACACCUAAGCAAACCACAAAUUAAUAACUGUUACCAUUACUGUGCAGUUAUCUCGUGUGAUUGGCCUCUCCUAAAAUAACUUUCCAGUACUCAUAUUCUUAGGUUCGUAGUAAAGUUUCUUAAAUUGGGUGCUGGAAUAUAUCUGUCCAAGUAUACUGUCUGGUUACUGAUGAAGAAAAAUCUUGCAAUGUAAAGCUUGAAAAAAAACUUCACUCCAGUUUUUUUCUUUGGACAAGCAGCUCUUUAAACAUGUUUCGUUUAAAAAUAAUUCUGUUGAAAGCCAAAAUUGCCUGAGCUCUUGCCUUUCUGGUGAGCAAGGGUGAAAGCUUCUGGUCCAGCUAGAAAUUCUACUUGUCCAAGAUGACAGAACAGGAUUAUUUUUAGCCCUGCAAAGUACAGGUUGUAGAUGUGUUGUUGUUAAGUGUGGGAAAAAUCUGUCCAAGUGCUUAAGGCUAGAAAAGUGCCAGAGAGAGUUUGUUUUCAGUUUGGCAUCACAAUAAUUCUUCCUUGUUGGGUUUGUUACAUUGGGUGAAAUAGGGCGAGUUUUCUUGUCUGUUCGUUCUUUGGAAAUAAUUUAUAUAGCCUCGGUAUUGAGAGCAAACUUCUUAACUGGUUGAGGCAUUUCCUCACGUGUAGAAAGCAACGAGUUGUUGUAAGAGGGACUUUUUCUGAUUGGGCACCUGUGAUAUCUGGUACCCCACAGGGAACUAUUCUUGGUCCAAUUUUAUUCCUAUCAUAUAUAAAUGAUAUCGCUGAUAGUGUCUCUUCAAAAAUUAAAUUAUUUGUGGAUGACACAAAGAUUUACAGAGAGCUUCGCAACCCUAGUCUCGAUGAACAAUACCUUCAAACUGAUUUGAAUAAUCUUGGUAAGUGGGCGAAAAAAUGGCAACUUCGUUUCAAUGAGGAAAAGUGUGAAGCAAUGCGAAUAAUGCAUUCUCGUGACAAAUCAACUGCGAAUUAUAAACUAGGUACGGCCUUUAAAGAUGUCAAGAGCUUUAAAGAUCUUGGAAUUAUUAUAUCAAAAGAUCUUACUUGGAGUGAACAUAUUAGUACUAUGGUGAAAAAGGCGAACCAAGUCCUAGGGCUAAUAAGACGGUCUGUUGGAACAGCUAAUACAACAACUUUUUCAUUGCUUUACAAAACAUUGGUCAGACCACUUUUAGAGUAUGCUGCUCCAGUCUGGAACCCAUAUCUUGUCAAAGAUAUUCAUGCAAUAGAGAGCGUGCAAAGACGCGCGUCAAGAUUAGCUCUUAGGCAAAAAAGAGGUGAUAUGUCUUAUGAGGAACGUUGUGACACGUUACAUUGGCCAUCUUUGUCCAGUCGUAGGACAUAAUAAUUAUUAUUCCUCUCUUGUUGAAUGUUAUAAGAUCGUGUUUGGCUUAUCACACUUGGAUUUUGAGGAAUUCUUUCAAUUCGCAAAAGUCAAAUCCACUAGGGUAAAUCACUCGUAUAAGCUUUAUUGUAAGUUAUCUAGAAUCAACUGUUUUAAAUAUUCUUUUUUUACAAUUACAAUGUAAUUAGUUAUUGGAACAAUUUACCUAGUAAUGUUGUUGAAACCGGUACCCUUGAACUUUUUAAAUGUAAACUCAAAUCCUUUUUAAAGUUGUAAUUUUUAUUGUUUGUUUGUUGUUUUUAGGAGAGUUUUAUUCAUAGGGUUAACCUCUAGACUCUCCCUUUCAAAUUUAUGUAGUUAUAUAUGAGUUUGAAUAAACAUGUAUGUUAUGUUAUGUUAUGUCAUUUACUGCAAAUUCACCUCAUAUAAAACAACCACUGAUAAGUACUAUAUUUUUCUCUUGUUUCAGUGAGUCAUCAACUGCCUCAGCUUUGGUUGCUUAA